AUGGCCCCUCAAAUCCCCAUCAAAGAACAAGCCACCCGCUGCGUGUCAUGUCGACUCAAGGUUGUCAUUGUCGGCGCAGGUCUCGCAGGCCUCGGGUCUGCGAUUAGUUGCGCCCUUGCUGGGCAUGAGGUCCAGGUCCUAGAAGCAACACGGGAAAUCAAGGAGGUCGGCGCAGGUAUCCAGAUCCUACCCAAUAGCUCGCGUGUACUGCAACAUUGGGGUCUUGAAGAGGCACUUACGCCACACAUGACCUUUCCCCGGGUCUGUAAUUUCCUUGGAUGGAAGGGCAAUCCAAUUUCGUCCAUGGAUUUUCACACAUCGGAGAGUAAUUAUCCCGGCACCUGGUAUCGUGACUUUCAUCGUGCGGACCUGCAAAAAUGUCUGGUUGAGAGAGCGCUCGAACUGGGGGCUAGGAUCACCUGCAAUGCUCGUGUGGUGGAUGUCACUGUGAGCGAGGAUGGGGCCAUCGCUACUGCUUCUGCGUCGGAUGGAAGACACUGGACUGGAGAUCUCGUCAUUGGGGCAGAUGGAGUGUUUGGAAAAUUGACGGAAGGUUUGCUCGGCAGAGUCGAUCCGCCGGUCAAAACUGGUGAUCUUGCAUACCGUUUGCUGUUGUCUACGAAGGAGAUGCUUAAGGAUCCUGAUCUGGCGGAAUUGGUAACAGAUCCCCAAGUCAACUAUUGGUUAGGUCCGGAUGCUCAUGCAGUGAACUAUGUUCUUCGUAGUGGAGAAUUGUUCAAUAUGGUCCUACUUGUCCCCGACGAUAUUCCAGAAGAAUCUCUGGCAUCGACGAUUGAAGGGAAUGUGGAAGAGAUGUGUGCUUUGUUCAAAGACUGGGAUCCUCGUAUCCCCAAACUACUAAAGCUCUGCGAUUCCGUCCAGAAAUGGCGUCUUUGCAUCCGAUUUGGAGACUUUGACUGGACUCAUCCCUCCGGGGCGUUUGUUAUAUUAGGCGACGCAGUUCACGCUACAUUGCCAUACCUGGCAUCUGGUGCCGGAAUGUCAUUCGAGGAUGGAGCAGUUCUAGGUGAAUGCCUCUCUCGACUCCCGAAUAGCCCCGGAAUCUCCAAAACCUCGGCCGAGUUCCUGACGGCCAAACAACACGCCCUUUCCAUCUUCCAGGAGUGUCGCAAGCAACGAACGAAAAUGAUUGUGGAACGGGGAAAUAUUCAACAAUAUCUCUAUCACCUACAUGACGGCGCUGAACAGGAAGAAAGAGAUCGCAAGAUGAGGAUGGUCCCAACUCCCGAGGGAGAAGCAUUGGCUUGGCGAGACCCCGGUUUAGCACCCAAAUUGUUGGGAUACGACCACAUUGCAGACGUUGAUCGUCGAUGGGGUAAAUCACUAGGAACUAGUGUUAUUGACUCGAGACUAUAG